AUGCACGAAGACCGAGUUGGUUGGGUGAACUCAAAAUGGAAUGAAAGAGACAUGAAGGAAAUCUACAUUGAGCGUGUGGCCAAGGCUGCAGGUCCAGAAGAAUGCUGGUUCCACAUUGAACGUAUUCGAUUCGCGCCUCGCCUCCAAUCUGUGCACCCGAACAUUCAUUGGAAUGAAAAAACCAACUUCAUCCGUUUACCCAAAUCGGGUACACUCAAAUUGACGCUUUGCUUCAGCAUGGACUGGUACAUUGCCACAAGACUGGCGUGCGUCGAGAUUGGCUAUGACUUACUCGCACGUCGUCAUAACAUACUUGGGCUCCGCGCUUAUUUUACCGAUACGCCGUAUCCGACCGCGCAGUCCGGUCCGGUCGCUUACGACUAUUGCAAUCACUCAAGCGGAGAUUGCGAGAAUUGGGACCGGAAGCAACAAUCCGGCUGCACGCAGACACCGACUGUUGCACAGUUCGGUCGAGCGUCAGAUGGAGACAUGAUGCGAAUCGAACUCAAGGAAGUCAAGAUAAUGGACAAAUGGCUGGUUAAGGUGUUCGCUUCGACGAGGCUCAUGAUGAAUAGGGCUGCCGGCAAGCAAGAAAACGGCUAUGCCUCGAGGCAAGGGGUACGCAAUAUGUUCGGCAAAAGGACGUCCAUGGUUGACCAGCGUCGUGCCGCAGAGGCGCCUGAGAUCAUCCUGGCAUCGCCUCUCAGCAACCGCGCAUGGUACCAUACGCCGGGUGGACUGGCGGAAGUCAAGCUUAAAGGGCCCGUCACACCUAAAGGCUGGCCCGAAUCGCUGGAAUUCCCAGUCUUGGAGGUUGCGGACGCCUAG